CCGACAACGACACGAGUCCACGCGCUCAGCCUUCAUUCGUACUUGCUCCAGCCGUCAGUAGCCUUGAGACAGGCGUAGGGUGCUGGAUAUGGCUUCCAAUCUGAUUGAAAUCCCAUAUCGACGCACCCACCCGGUCGACUUCUCCUCCGCCAUCAACCAAUAUAUAUCCACAAAAUAUGAUCAGUCUCCAGAGAUGUUUGCGGAUGAUCUCCGUCAAAUUGAUCGCAUGCGAAACGAAGCCAUCAACGUCCAAGAAACCCACAUCAGUGGACUGCAAAAGUUGGCCGCAUAUGCGGCGCAGUUGAGAUACAUUGGUGGAAAGUUUCCUAUUGAUAUUGGCGUCGAUUUUCCAUGGUACCCUGCCCUUGGCUAUGAUAGGGAGAAGCCAGUCCUCCAAAACAAUAUCCGCUACGAAUUGGCAAAUAUCCUCUUCAACCUGGCCGCAUUGUACUCACAGUUGGCAUUUGGCACCAACCGAACGACGCUCGAUGGUCUCAAACAAUCUGCAGAGUAUGGCGCCGCUGCAGCCGGAGUCUUUUCUUUCCUACGACGAGAAGUCAUUCCAGACAUGCGAUCAGCUCCUCCAGAAGAUAUGGAUGAUGUAACCCUCGAGUCUCUGGAACAAUUGUGCUUGGCUCAAUCACAGGAGUGUUUCUGGCAAAUAGUCAUAAAGAAAAAUAUGUCGGAUGGUACAGUUGCUAGGCUUGCUGCCUGUGUAUCCGACUUCUACAUAUAUGCAGCAGACGCUGCACGCCAGUCUCGAACCGUCAGUGCAGAAUGGAUACAUCAUUUCCAAGCCAAACACCAUCACUUCGCCGCCGCUGCACAAUAUCGCCAGUCGAGAUAUUGCCUGACCAAUAAACAAUAUGGAGAGGAGAUCUCCCGUCUGAGAGACGCUCGAGUCUGUAUAGAUGAGGGUUUGCAAGAGGGUCGAUACAUUGGUCCCACACUUCUCGGAGAUCUGAAUGGUCUCAAGUCACGGAUCAACGAGGAACUUAAGCGGGCCGAAAGAGACAAUGACAUGAUCUACCUACAGGCUCCUCCACCUAAGUCACAACUCAAAGUCCUUGAACGAACCAUCAUGGUCAAAUCACGGGUUCCCGCAGACGUUGCUGACGGCAUUAAUCUGCUUGGACAAGAAAAACCUUUUGGAAAACCAUUGUUCGAGAAUCUUGUUCCAUACGCAGUCCAUCAAGCUGCAUCCAUUUACGCCGAUAGACGAGAUCGACUCGUGGGAGGGUCGAUUAUUGUUGACUUGGAGACUAUGACUGCGAAAUUGAGAGAGGUGCUUCAACUCUUGGAUCUUCCCGGCUCAUUACAAGCUCUAGAAAAGCCGCUCGGUUUACCUCCAAGUUUGGUCUCCAAGGCCGACGAACUGAGACAGCAAGACGCAUUGUAUCGGUUGAAAAGAUCACUGGAUGACACCACAAAACUUCGAACUAAUGAUCUUGCAAUCUACCAAGAAGGCCUAGCACUGUUGGACGCUGAACGAGCUGAAGAUGAUCGAGCCAGGUCAAAAUUUGGCACCGAUAGAUGGAAUCGGCCUCCAUCCACGACAGCCCUCUCCAAACUAUACCAACAGUCCAAAGACUUGCAAACCUAUCUCAACUCUGCCGGGUCGAGUGAUAGUCUGGUCCAAACCAAAAUUCGGGAAAAUGAACAUAUCUUACGACUUUUGACCGGCACUAACAGAGAUCUCGAACGAUUUGUGCCCUCUUCUGACCAAGUGGCCAUGACACCAGCAAUCGAAGAAACAGCCAGGCGUCUCCGUGCCUGCUACAGCGAGGCAUCUCGCCUGGAGACCAAGCGGAAAAAUAAAAUCGCUGCACUACGAGAAAAGGCGAGCAAAGACGAUAUCGGCCCAGCUCUUCUCGCCGAAGCCGCCCGACUCGAGCGAGAAUAUCCAAUGCAAAAGAUCGAACCCGGACAAUUUGAGAGCCUAUUUGAAAAACGCCUCAACAUGUACGAACCAGACCGCGAAGCACUAGACAUAGAACAAGAAGAACAAGACCAGCUGGUUGCACGUCUUCGCGAAGCCAAUAAAAACUUCCUCGACGCUCGACGCGGCGAUACAAGUACCAAAGAUCGACAGAAUGCUUUACAGUCUCUAGAAUUGGGCUAUUCGAAAUAUAAAGAGUCGGUCAACAACCUCGAGACAGGAAGGAAAUUCUACAACGAUCUCGCCAGCCAUGUGACACGAUUCCGAGAGAAUUGUAAAGCUCAGGUCUCGGAACGAAGAGUCGAAGCCAGUCAACUGGAGGCCGAUCUCGCAGGUCAAGACAUGGGUCGAUUAAAUCUACAGGAAACGAGGCGCGAGCUGAGAAACCAACAGCGUGAACAUCAACCUUCUGCGGGUGUUGGUCGUCAUGGGCAGCAAUCGGCACCAGAAGCUAUCCCUGCUCCUGUACCUACUCGCACUCCAACUGGCAUUCCAGCUGGCGUUAUGCCGUCGAACCAGCCUGUUCCUCUUGGGGUGGCUGGUGGGUCUAUCGGGGGGGGAGGUGUUUGGUCGCCGGACAUGGGUAUUCGUUUCGGCGGUCUUCCUCCUCAAGGGCCAGGGCAGGCUGGGUAUCCUGCUCCUCGGAGGACGUGAGGCCUCGAUAUAAAGCACAAUGCUCUCCUUUCAUUAUGACAGUUGAAAGCGAUGGUGUUAGGGUAGAUUUGUCGACUGCCAUCACAUGUCGUGCAAUGUCAUGUCUGGAAGUGUCUCAGGAUUCGGACUGGCCGGGAGUGCCGUUGAAGUCUCGAAUCCUAGCUCUGUCUGAGUUACGUGUGGAUAUCAGAUGUGCUUCCCUAACAAGCCGUUUCAGUAUGGGUUUCCGAACUCAAUGAUAAUAUAGUUAUAUCUCUAUCCCACGGAAUCAAGGGCACAAGGGUUUAAAAACAUGCAGUUGGAGAAAAGAACACCUGGCACCUGGAGAAUGUAGCAAUAUAUCAAUCAUGGUAUCA